GUUUUGCUCGUGUACAAGUACGUACCAGGCAACGGUUUUCUAUUUUUAAGGUGUGAGUGUCAUUACGCAGAAGCUUGCAAUGCGAGGAUUAUUGUGCACUCUGAUUGUUGGGCUUGCUUUGUGCUUACAAACUUUGACACAGACUUGCAACCGUCCAAUCGACCUUGUCUUGGCUGUUCGCAGAGAAGGAAAGUCACAGAGUCUAAUAGAAAGCGUUCAGGAGUCUGUGAGUGCAACAAACAAGCGGCUAGAGCAAGAACUACACAGCAAUAUCAGCAAACUCAAUCUGACUGUGCGAGAAAUGAGAGAAGGUGCAGACAACGUGACCAUAGACAUGAUGUCGAUACAGCUUCUUGACAAGCCGGACAUUCUUCUUACUACAGAGAGCUUCUACAAUUACAAGUUGAUGGUUGGCAUUGCACAUUCUGGAGGGUUUCCCGUCUGGAGUGUUCAAGACAUGUUUCAGUGGGGACCAUCAAACGAGAUUCCUAGUGAAUAUGACGAUAUUGCUGUUGUUCCAAAGUUGUCUGCAACUAUGGGCGUGUCUGAUGCAAAGGGUCAAAUUAUUUUUGAUCUAGUUGAAGGACUAGCAUUGAAAAGAGUGUUGGAAAUAAAGACUGAAAGCAAUGAGUCGACUGCGUUAGCUGCAUUUCACAACAUCUUGAGAGCAUUGAGAAAAGAGGAGAUACAGAUAAGACAAUUAGAAGUUGAAAACGAGUCCUCUAUUUUGCAGAGAAACUUGCGUCUUGCUCUUAGUAAUAACACAAGAGCAGCUAGACUUCCAGAAGUGAGCGAUUUGCUUGCUUUCAAGCCUGAAGUUAUUGUAAUUGAAUGUUUUCUUGGCUUGGCUCUUAAUAACUUGCUAAAAAGCAUGGCUGAACCAAUAAAUGAAGAUUACCAGAUGAUUACUGAUACUACUAUUGUCAUAUUUCUUCACCACCCAUACUCUGUUCUUGAAUGGGAUGACAAACAAGGUCUGCUUAAUACAAUUAGCAACGUGUUUCUUCUUGAACAACUGCCAACAGGGUCAUUGCCACAUAAUGGUAAUGAUAUCAACGAAGCUUUAGCAUAUGACAGUAUCACAGCCAUUAGAGAAACUAUCAUAUCGUUGGGUGAUUACAAUCCUUGUGAUCGAGUUGAAAGUUCAGUUAGAGGCAGUGUAAACUUUUCUUACUCAAAUCAGGGUAAACGACUUGCAACAUUGGCUCGACAAGUUUGCCUUCAUGAAAAUAUUACUAGAAGUGGUCGAAUUCGAUUUACUUUGGCAACUGAUGUAUGCAAACAUUAUAGUCUUGAACAGCCGCCAGUGGAAUACAACAUAACUAGUGCGGCCAACAUGAGCGUAUUUGCUCAUUGGAGCAGCAAGUUGAAACCAUCUCUUCAAGUGCAGGAUAUAGUCAGAGCUAACAACCUCAAUCAGACAGGAAUUAAACUAACAAACAUCAAAGAUAUCGGGGUUAUCAUUGCUCUUUCUACUCCGUUUGCUUAUAGAGAUGACAAAACUGGUGAUUUAGCUGGCGUUGCUAUUGAUCUACUGGAUCACAUAGCAAAAAUGGGAAACUUUUCCUAUCGAACAAACGUCGAAGUUUGGGAUAAUGAGGAUAAUGGUACAUGGGACAAGCUUGCCAAAGACGUUGGUAACGGCAAACUACGAUGUGGUUAUCUGAAAUGUCACAUUGCUGUUGGAGCUAUUACGGUAACUCCUGAUAGAGCAAAUACGGCAAACUUUACCCGGUCUUUUUUUACUUCAGGGCUUCGUAUUUUGGCACCAGUAAGAAACAAUAAUGAAAAUCCUAGCAUAUGGAACUUCUUUAAACCAUUCCAUUGGACAGUAUGGUUCACAACAGCAGGAAUGAUUCUUGUUUCAUCUCUAAUUGCUACAAGACUUGAUUUAGCACAGGGAAUCAGAGAAGGCAUGUGGCUCUCUGUAUCUCUUAUCUAUGCUAUGCAAGAGAAUUCACUGGUUCGAAUGAGAAAUCCAUUUGGCCGCAUAUACAUCUUGGUCUUUUCGUUUGUUUUACUUGUUCUUGUCUCCUCAUAUACAGCCAAUAUGGUUUCAUUCCUUACGGUAAGAAACACAAAGGAUGAUGUAACUGACAUUAAUGGCCUACGUCGAGUACGAGUUGCUGCUAGAUCAUGGGCAUCUGAUUGGAAUGCACUUCAAGAUGCAGGAAUUACUACCUUGUUUUCUGUUCCAAAUGGAACUACAGGAGUAGAUGCUAUCAUAAGGAGCACAGACACAGUUUCAGAUAGUUCAAACGCUAAUAUGACCACUCCAGUGGCAGAUGUGUACGUGGCUGACUCGGCACAUCUAGAGCUGCUCAAGUCUCAGACAUGCCAUGUAAAAGUGACAUCCAGUCGAGAAAUAUUUAAGCAGCAGUAUGCGUUUGUCAUGAUGAACAAGUAUGAGUACAGUGACUCUAUUAACAAGCUCAUUACUGAAGCUAUUGCUGAUGGGGUUGUACAGGAUUCAUACAAUAACCACACUCAUAAGAAAUCAGUGCACUGCAAGGAUGAAGGAUCCGCUAGCCUAUCCGAUGAUGCCCUUUCUCUGACAAUUUCAAACCUUGGAGGAGUUUUCCUGAUUGCUGCUGCUGUAGGAGUAUUAUGCCUUGCCUGCAAACUGUUAGCUUCUUUCUUUAGAAGAAGGGAACAGACACUAAAGAUUACAGCAGAUGACCCGCAGAAAGUACCGAUACCUCUCUAUGAAUUUGAGAGAACAGAAACAUUGUGAGGACACUUGUAAAUCGUUAUAACACUUACCUACAAACACAUGUUGAAUGCAUAAACUAGACGUCUGUUGAUGCCAUGCAAGUACGCCCAAUUAUUGUUUUAAUUUUUGUCAUCCAUUGUCUAAUGUUUCUGUACUAAUAAAUGUAGUGGCAGCUUGACUCUGCUUUUAAGAAGCUUUAGUGAUUUCUGCGCU